AAGGGGAGGAGGAGGAAAGCAAGCGACCUGAGAAGGGCAAUUUGGGAAGCAGCCGCGCCUCAAGAUUUGUCACCUUCAACCACCACCUUCGCGCACACCCACCACCACCACCACCACCACUUCCGACGGAAGGCUCCCUGCCUCUCUGCGCGCAGCACUCGAUUUCGCUUUUGAGAGGGCUUUGCAGUGAAGCUCACGAAAGUAUGAUAGCGGUUGUUGUUGCUGCUGCUGCAGCGGCUGCUGUUGCUGUCUCUCCAUCUCUUUCAUACCCGUAGCAGCUGCAUCCACACAUUACCCACGUCCGCACACUGCGAUCUGGUCGUCGCCCGUUCGCAUUGGCCUCUGAUACAUGAUCUCGGGUGCGUGAUCGUGUGCCGGCUUCUUGACGAGGGAUGACCAUGGAGAACGGGGAGGAUUGCUGCGUGAAGGUGGCCGUCCACAUCAGGCCGCUCAUCGGCGACGAGCGGCUGCAGGGCUGCAAGGAUUGCGUCACCGUCGUCCCCCGCAAGCCACAGGUGCAAAUUGGCACCCACUCAUUUACUUUCGAUCAUGUGUAUGGGAGUACAGCUUCUCCAUCAUCUCUCAUGUUUGAUGAAUGUGUUGCUCCACUUGUUGAUGGUUUGUUCCAAGGAUACAAUGCCACUGUUCUUGCAUAUGGUCAGACGGGUUCAGGAAAGACAUACACCAUGGGAACUGGAUGUAAGGAUGAUUCUCAAACUGGGCUUAUCCCUCAGGUUAUGAAUGCCUUAUUUAGCAAGAUUGAGACUCUGAGAAAUCAAGCUGAAUUCCAGCUGCGUGUCUCAUUCAUCGAGAUUUUGAAGGAAGAAGUGAGAGAUCUGUUGGAUAGUUCAUCUGUUAGCAAAUUGGACAUUACCAGUGGCCAAGUUGGGAAGAUGACAGUCCCUGGGAAACCUCCAGUACAGAUACGUGAGGCAUCAAAUGGGGUAAUAACGCUUGCUGGAUCAACUGAGGUUUCUGUUAGCAUUCAAAAGGAGAUGGCUGCAUGUCUAGAGCAAGGUUCACUGAAUCGUGCAACUGGAAGUACAAACAUGAACAACCAGUCCAGCCGUUCCCAUGCUAUCUUCACAAUCAUGUUGGAGCAGAUGCGCAAACAUGGUCCAAUUGUCAGUACUGAAGGUGUCCAAAUUGAGGAUGUAAAUGAGGAUUAUCUAUGUGCAAAGUUCCACCUAGUUGAUCUUGCUGGAUCAGAACGAGCUAAGAGAACAGGUUCAGAUGGUCUCCGCUUCAAGGAAGGGGUUCAUAUUAACAAGGGGCUUUUAGCUCUUGGAAAUGUCAUAAGUGCUCUUGGAGAUGAGAAAAAGCGUAAGGAAGGUGCCCAUGUUCCAUACCGUGAUAGCAAACUUACUCGGCUCUUACAGGAUUCACUUGGCGGGAAUAGCAGGACUGUAAUGAUAGCCUGUAUCAGCCCUGCUGAUAUUAAUGCAGAGGAAACUCUUAACACACUAAAGUAUGCUAAUCGAGCUCGCAACAUCCAGAAUAAACCCAUUGUUAACAGAAAUCCAAUAUCAGAAGAGAUUCAGAGAAUGCGCCAACAUAUUGAAUACUUGCAGGCUCAACUAGCUUGUUAUCGUGGAGAAGGAGCAUCUGAUGAAAUUCAGGCACUCAAGGAGAAAGUCUCUUGGCUAGAAGCUACCAACGAAGAUCUUUGUAGAGAACUCUAUGAAUACCGGAGUCAAUCCUCUCAGAAUGAACAUUUUGACAUUGAUUCUCAAAAAUCUGGAAUGUUUUUUCUGAAAGCAGAAGGUCUAAAGAGAAGCCUCCACACCACAGAAGGAUUUGAUUAUCAGAUGACUGAGACACUAAGAGGUAAUUCUAGGGAAAUAGAUGAAGAAGUAGCCAAAGAGUGGGAACACACAGUCUUGCAAGAUUCUAUGGGCAAGGAGUUGAAUGAGUUAAAUAGGCGAUUGGAGCAGAAAGAGUCCGAGAUGAAAACAUUUGGCGGAUUUGACACACUUGCUCUUAAGCAACACUUCAAAAAGAAACUCAUGGAGCUUGAGGAUGAGAAAAGAGCAGUGCAGCAAGAGAGAGAUAGAUUGUUGGCUGAAGUGGAAAACCUUGCUGCCGCCUCGGAUGGGCAAGUGCAGAAGUUGCCAGACAACCACUUGCAGAAAUUGAAAGAUCUUGAAGCACAGAUUUUGGAUCUUAAAAAGAAACAAGAGAGCCAGGUUCAAUUGUUAAAGCAAAAACAAAGGAGCGAGGAAGCAGCAAAGAAGCUGCAAGAAGAAAUACAAUAUAUUAAGGCACAAAAGGUUCAAUUGCAACACAAGAUUAAGCAAGAGGCAGAGCAGUUCCGCCAGUGGAAGGCUUCUCGUGAGAAGGAAUUACUUCAGUUGAGGAAGGAGGGGAGAAGAAAUGAGUAUGAGCGUCACAAACUUCAGGCAUUGAAUCAACGACAGAAAUUGGUUCUUCAGAGGAAGUCAGAGGAGGCUGCAAUGGCUACAAAGAAGUUGAAAGAGUUGCUAGAAACUCGAAAAUCCUCAGCAGUUAUUACAAAUGGCCAUUUAUCAGGUGUUCAGUUCAAUGAAAAGUCUCUGCAAUGUUGGCUGGACCAUGAGCUUGAAGUUAUGGUGCAUGUGCAUGAAGUUCGGAAGGAAUAUGAGAAACAAAGUCAAAUACGUGCUGCCUUGGCUGAGGAGCUUGCCAUUCUGAAACAUGAGGAGGCUUUAUCAAUCAGCGGUAAUCCACCAAGAGUAAAGAAUGGACACUCCAGAGUAUCCCCUUUGUCCCCAAAUGCACGAUUAGCAAGAAUUGCAUCAUUGGAAAACAUGGUGAGCAUAUCAUCAAACAUGCUUGUGGCAAUGGCUUCCCAGCUUUCAGAGGCAGAGGAACGUGAGCGUGCAUUCGCAGGACAUGGAAGGUGGAAUCAGCUGCGGUCCAUGGGAGAAGCAAAGAGCUUGCUUCACUAUGUGUUUAAUGUUGCUGCAGAUGCGAGGUGCAAGUUGAGGGAGAAGGAAAUUGAUAUUAAGGAACUAAAGGAGCAACUGAAUGAACUUGUGAGUCUUCUUCGACUCAGUGAAGCAAGGAGGAAAGAAAUGGAGAAGCAAAAAAUGUUUGAAGAGCAAGCUGUUGCAACAGCAUUAGCCACAUCUCAUUCGGUGAGCUCAAAUGGUUCUCAGAAGCACUGUGCUGAUGAAACCAGUGACCCAUUGUCUCUGGUAGCAGUACCAGCACAGAAACAACUGAAGUACACUGCUGGUAUUGUUAAUAGCCCAAGCAAAGGGACUGCAGCUUUUGACCAUCGGCCCCUGAAGAUGGUGCCGAUCACACAACUGCCCUUGGCAAAGAAACUAGCAAUAGUAGGCCAGGGAGGCAAGCUCUGGAGAUGGAAAAGAAGCCACCAUCAGUGGUUACUACAGUUCAAAUGGAAAUGGCAGAAACCAUGGAAACUCUCUGAGUCAAUCCGGCAUAGUGAUGAAACAUUCAAGCGGGCAAAACGUAGGACCCUGCCUCUUCGGGACAUUUUGUGAUACAAAGUAUACUAGUGCAACUCAACCUGUUCCCAAACAGGUUGUUAGUUGCAUAGAAACUGUUUACAGCAAAUCAAAAUGCAAGAUGAUGUUUCUUCGUAAGUAAACCACAUACAUAUAUAGGUAAGCAUAUUAUAAGAAAAAUACUAUCAGCCGCAUGCUCAUGUUUGCCUUCACCAAUAAUGAGACGCCAAAUAGUUGGUCUGGAAUGUAAAGAUCUUCUCUUUGUUGGUAAGAUAAGUGCAUCCUCGUGGAGCCUCCGAAGUCACUUGUAAAGUGUGACAACCCUUCAAGAGAAAAUGCUGCUUAUGAACUGGGAUGGAGAAUGAAGCUGGACAUUGCUACUUGGUAGUUGUAUUGUUUGUUCUUUACCUAAGUGUGUUACUACUAAAAGUGGAGAUCUGAGAAGGUUUUGGCCAUUUAGCCUGGCAUAAUCUUGUUGUAAUUUUUUGUAUUUUGUUUAUAGUGGUGGAGAGAUAUUUCCAGGUCCCAUGUAUUAAUUCAUUCACAGUGUGAUGAAAACUUUUCCCCA